AUGACAUUUCAAAGUGUUUUAAACUAAUAAGAAACAUGGCGCUUCUGAAUAAAGCAGAUUGGUAUACUCCAGCUCCUUUGUGGCAAAAUGGUCCUGCACCUGGUGCAUUUUAUCAUUUCCCGGGAGGUUCUACACAUUCCGGUGUCGGAGGAUUACAAAGAUCACAGGCCCCUAUGACAACUGGUACAUCUGUAGUUGGAAUCCAAUUUAAAGAUGGUGUUCUUAUAGCAGCAGAUAUUCUUGGUUCCUAUGGAUCAUUGGCGAGAUUUAGGAAUCUUGAACGUGUGAUGAAAGUCAAUGACAAUAUUAUCCUUGGUGCAGGAGGAGAUUAUGCUGAUUACCAGUGCUUGAAGAGCAACAUUGAAAGAAAAAUUCUUGAAGAAGAAUGUUUGGAUGAUGGUUUAUCUUUAAAACCAAAAGCUCUUCACUGUUGGUUAACUCAAGUAAUGUACAAUAGAAGAUCACGUUUUGAUCCGUUUUGGAAUAAUUUCAUUAUUGGUGGUUUGGAAGGUGAUAAACUGUUUUUGGGUACUGUGGAUAAACUAGGCACAGGUUAUAGUGACCCAGUAAUAGCAACUGGAUAUGGUGCAUAUAUGGCAACACCUAUCUUAAGAAAAGCUUAUGAAGAAAAUAAAGAAAUGACUAAAGAACAAGCAGUUGAGCUUCUAUACAAAGUGAUGCAAGUUCUUUUUUAUAGAGAUGCACGAUCUUUCCCGAAAUAUCAACUUGGAAUAAUCACAAGAGAGGGAGGUGUUGAAAUACAAGGACCAUUAACUUUAGAUAGUUACUGGGGACCUGCUAUUAUGUAAAGAUAAAUAUAAAUAAAUUUUUCUUAAUAAAAUGUAUUUACGAUAUAAUUCUAUUAAACAAACUUUCAUUGUAUCACCUUUUAUUACAAGAUGUAUUUAAGGUAAUAAAAAGUAAAUUUCCAAGAUUAA